AAUGUACUACAAGAAAGUACUGCAACCGAGCUGGUGCGUUUUCGCUCUUCGGGUGAGUAUGGGUUAGUAGCGUCCAAACCGAUUCCAAGGGGGACAAUACUGGGGGAGUAUUUCGGUACACUGGAGUACAUGCCGAAGAAAAAUGUUGGUAACGACGGAUUUCGCCUUGACUUCAAAACAAGAUCUAAACACGGGAAGCGGCUUCAAAUAAAUGGUGGAAUGCGAAGAGGCCUCGUUGCCUGGGCAAAUCACUCGUGCGAUGCUGUUGCUGGUUUGUUUCAAGUCGGCUAUGGCCGCCUUUCAACGGUGGUGGCAAUAACAUUGCGUGAGAUUCAAACUGGACAAGAGGUGACCGUGUCUUACGGUAAAAAGCUGUGGUUUGUUUGUCGAUGUGGAUUCGAGCACUGCUGUCAU